UGGCGCCCGGCGGGGCGGAAGGAAGGAGGGGGGCGGUGCUCUCGCUCUGGGCUCUGCCGCCACCAGCGCCGCCACUCCCGGAGCGGUGGCUGCUCGGGGGCGCAGCUCCAGCGGUGGAGGAGGCGGCGAGGCGAGUGAACUUCAUCUUAGGAAAUAAAGAAAUGGAUGGGAUGGAUGAAACAUCUAAAAGAAUCCUAGAGCCAUACCAGUAUUUGCUUCAACUACCAGGUAAGCAAGUGAGAACCAAACUGUCACAGGCCUUUAAUCACUGGCUGAAUGUUCCAGAAGAUAAAAUACAGGUUAUCAUUGAAGUGACAGAGAUGUUGCACAAUGCAAGCCUACUUGUGGAUGAUAUUGAAGAUAACUCAAAGCUACGACGGGGCUUUCCAGUGGCACACAGUAUCUAUGGAAUUCCGUCUGUAAUCAACUGUGCUAAUUAUGUUUAUUUUCUUGGCUUAGAGAAGGUUUUAACCCUUGAUCAUCCAGAUGCUGUUAAAGUUUUUACCCGUCAACUUCUGGAACUCCAUAAAGGUCAAGGCUUGGAUAUUUACUGGAGGGAUACUUACACCUGUCCUACAGAAGCUGAGUAUAAAGCGAUGGUACUGCAAAAGACAGGUGGUCUCUUCGGAUUAGCUGUAGGCCUCAUGCAGCUGUUCUCAAAUUAUAAGAAAGACUUAAAGCCGCUUCUUAACACACUUGGUCUCUUCUUCCAAAUAAGAGAUGACUAUGCUAACUUGCACUCCAAAGAAUAUAGUGAGAACAAGAGUUUUUGUGAAGACUUAACUGAGGGCAAGUUCUCAUUCCCAACCAUUCAUGCAAUUUGGUCAAGGCCUGAAAGUACUCAGGUGCAAAACAUUUUACGUCAAAGGACGGAGAACAUAGAUAUAAAAAAAUACUGUGUACAUUACCUUGAAAAUGUUGGUUCCUUUGAGUACACUAGGAAUACAUUGAAAGAGCUUGAAUCUGAAGCCUAUAAACAAAUUGAAUCCCUUGGGGGAAACCCUGAGCUUGUAGCACUAGUUCAACAGCUGAGCAAAAUGUUCAAAGAAACUGAAAAUUAAAAAAAUUAACUUCUGGGUGUGGAUUAAAACUCUUUUGAAAUGGGAAAAUAACCAGAUGGAGAGGUGUGAUAAUCAGUCUCAUGUAAAACUUUUUUUUGUAGCCAUGUUACAGAAAUUACUGUUAAAAAUAACUUGUCAUUGAGUUUUGAAAUAUAUGCCCUAUUAUCUCUAAAGUCUUAACUGUAACUGCUUCCAGUCUGUUUUGUUAAAGCAGAUGUAUUAGAACUAAAACAAGUUUUGAAUCUAUAUGUAAUAGUCUUUUACACAGUCACAGGCAUUAUUUCAUACCUAAAACUCUUGUGCCCCAAACCAGGCUAUGAUAGGAUUCUGGUUGAAAUGGUGUUAAAUUAAAUCAGGUUGAUUAAAUUAAAUCAGGUUAACACAAUUGAUACAAGCAUGUAUGUAUUGUACAUUUUAAACAAUGUUCUUGUAAUCCAAGAUUGGUGUUAAAGAACAAAGAAAGGUAUUUGCAACAACAAUGCACAUAAAAGUGUUGUGUGAUAUAUCCAAGUUUGACUUGUGAAGAUCAGGUGGAUUAGUUUACUAUGUCCUAGGGUGAAUAUCCUAUCCAGCCUCUGGAUAUUUUCAGGGGAAUGUGAAUUAUGAAAGAUAUUUUCACAUGAAAUAAUAAGACAUGCUCAGUCUGAAAUUGUGACUUCAUAAAGAUUUUGAAGUACCUUAGAGAAAAGAUUUCUUCACAACAGCAAAGUGUAAAUUUGCUGCUGAUUCCAGCUCUGCAGUGAGUAAUUUUGCUCACCUGAUUUUUAGAUUUUGAAACUGCCAAACACUCUGUAGCCAGAAACUUAAAUCUAUGCAUUAGAGCUCAUAUAUGUACCUGUAAAUAGCAACAUAAUGAGCUGCUAUUAGAAAUGGAAAGAUAUUCACACCAGGUAACUUUUGGACACCGUAAUUGGUGCAGGUCUCUUUAAUCUCUGCAUAUAAUUGUGGGGCUUCUCCAAGAUUUUAUUCAUAAUUCAUAUUUCAUUCCUGUUCUGAUUUGCUGUCUGGAGGCAAGUUCUAUAUCUCUCCAAAGAGACAAGAGUUGUAAAUUUUUUGUUAAAACAAAAUACAGUAUCUUGUUUUACAAGCUAGAAUACCACUUUAGUUUUGUUAAUUGCUUUAAAUAAAGCUUUAAAAUUAUAGACAUACCAAAAUAGAACUGGGACUGAGAGCAAGAUUUAGGGGUGGGGCUGAUAAGUAAUGAAGUUCUCUGCUUAUAUAUAUAUAUAUAUAUAUAUAUAUAUAUAAAUAAAUGUUAAUAAAACAAGCAGGGAUGUUUGGUUUUUUCUUGCCUGUGUUGGCUUUAAUCAGGUUCAGUUCCCUUAGUGUUCACAGGUAUAUUAAGCUUUGCUUUGGGGAUAGCAAGAUAAUGGUUUGGAUCAAAGGUAGGACUGGUGCUAUAAGCUGUGGUGUUAGCUCAAGCAUACUCUGAAAGGGACAGAGGUAGUUGGCUUCUGAUGUCUAAAGGGUAGUUUUAUGCAGGUGUUCAUUUACUGUACCUGGAAAACAGGGAGAGCUGUGAUCUCAGCCCACUGAGAAAACUAACUGAAGAAGGUUGCUGUAAUGUCUUCCCUGGGCAGCCUUAAUAUCUUUCUGAAAGUGAUCAAACAUGAUAAAAUUGAGGAUGACUGCUUUCAGUCUGAAAAAUUAUGUAGUUAUGGAUGAUAGCCUAUCCCUUUUAUCAGCAUGCUGAGGAGAAAUCUUUGUGUGAUUAGAUAGAGAGUAAUAGGCUUUUCACUGAAUGGACCUGGUUGCCAGGACUGAAUAGCUUACAGUUGGUGAAAGGUGUCUUUAAUGUUAAUGAAAGAGAAUUGUAAUUCCUUUUUCAUAACUUGCAGUGCUUAGUAAGCCUGUAAAUUUUUAAUGUGUUAUGUGAAAAUACUGUCUGCAGCAAAUUACAUUUAUUUUCUACCAUGUCUUGGGAGUUUCUAAGUGCUGUUGCAGUCAAUGUUGAAUAGGGAAAAGCACUGAAAAGAUUACUGUUGUCAGGAGAAUCUCCUAAUCUUACUGUGAAAUGUAUCCUUGUGCCUGUUAUGAUAUUGUAACUGCUACACAAUGCAAAGUGCACUUAGUGCCAUUUCAUUUCUGUUCUGUUGUUGGAUGUAAACAGUUCUGUGUACAUUACUCCAUAAUGAAGUAGCUUUUCUUACUUUUUGUAUAAAGCUUUUUUGCCAUCUGAGAUUUCUGCUAUGUCAUCACUCCUUUGUUUCAUUCUGGCAAUUCACCCCAGCAUUUAUUCUAAUUCUGUAUCUUGUAACAUGUGCCUUCAUUAGGAGUAGGUACAUGGAUGUUUUCCAGUUGCAUACCAUUUAAAUCACAAAUGGGUAAGAAGGGAAAAGUUGGUCCAGCUUCCUUUUCCCAGACCGUGCAGCUCUGUCUUACUCUUCUGCCUUCAAGGUGUUUGAUGCCAGUAUUCAAAGCAUAUGCUGAACGCUUCUCUGAAAAGGUCACAAGUAGAGCAUUGUUGCUCUUCACUUUGGUUAGGAUAAACAGGAUUGUGAGAACUUUUCUUGAUGUAUUCAGGAGUCAGAAGGGGCUGGGAUUUUCUCCUUCAUCUGUUAAGCUGGUAGAGCAUCUUUAAGUGUUAAAUGCCAGUAGUAACGAUGUCCCUUAGUCAAGGUAGAUUUUUAUAUUUGGUGCCAUAAGAUCAGUCUGUGCGUUUUCAUCAGAUCAGUAUUCACCAAUGUUAUUAAUGGUACUAGCACCUGAGGUUAAGCAAUGUUAGGAAAAACCCUCUUUAAAGCAGCAUGCGAGUUCUUGUGGCUGCAGAAUUAGUUGUGUAAGUACCCUUCUUUCUUGCUAUGCCUCCCACAAUGCAGAGAGUAAGGAUUUAUCCUGAUCUUCAUAAAAUAUGCACUGCUGUAGAGUGGUAGUCUGAGUUGCAAGUGGAGAUGCCCAUGUGAAAACAAAGGGGAUGCUGAUUUUAAGUCCCUUUGAGCUAAAAUCGUUCCUCUUAUCUUCCUAGCAUUGCCAACAAGUUCUACUUAGAUCAGGUUAUCAGUUCAUUUCUUGGGGAUUUAGUUCACAUUAAGAGAAAUGCAAAUACUCUUCAGUCUGUAGCAUUCCCCACUACCUCAGUCUGUUUUCUGACUGUGUGCUUGCUUGGAUGUAAAUGAAUGCUGUCACCUUUCUUAGAGUAGCCAGCCAUUGGAUGGGACAGCUGUCUUUGCUUUUUCAUAGGCUUAUGUUUACCACAUCAAUUAUGAUGAAAAUUGCACCACUCCAAGAUCUUCCCGAGGAGAUCGCUUUCUCCUCUCCUUUGGAACUCAGGCUGUUCAGGUACUCACACAGAGCAACUUUGUAUGUAUCAGCCAGGUGUUGAUACAAACAGAGAAAUGUUAAUGGGAAAAAACUGUUGGAAUUUCUUCACGCUUCUGCUCUUUUUGUUAUUUUUGCUAAUCUGGCUGCACAUGUUCUGGAAAUUUCCUAUAUUAAUGACUUUGGUUUUCCUUGGUUAUUGUUAAAAUGCUAGCAAGGUAUAAAAAUGUGGGCUUGUGAGGGGGUUUGCAUUUCUCAUGUGAAACUGGUUUGAGCUUUAAUAUGCCUUUAUCACUGAAUCAGGCCAGGCUUUUAUUCAUGUGCAAGAGCCAUAUGGGCACCUGUUGCUCUUCUUUGUCCCAUCUUAAUCAUUUUACAUUUCAGCUUUGGUAUUUACUAUGUUCUUUGUAUUAUUUGCUGAGUACUUUGACUGUAAUUCUUCUUUCAGCUGUAUUUCUAUUCUGCUGUUAAUACCAAGCACACAUAAUACCAUCAAACUCGGUUUUGAUCCUGGACAAACAUAAUAGUCUGGGUCUGCUUUUGAAAUGUUGAAUCUUGGGUCAUCAUUUGCUUUCACAAAAGUAAUCCAAGAUUUUCUGCCACCUCAAAAUGCCUGAAACAUUUUUUUUCCAGUUAGCUAAGGCCUGUAACAUUUUAUAUGAUCACAAAUUAUUUCUGUCUCAUGUAGCUUGAGCUCCUUUCCUUGCCCUACCUGUUUGCUUUCAAGAUCCAUUUUGCUUUGGUGGUAAUGCCUGUUAGGUCUUUUUAUUAAUGAACUUAACUCACUAGCCCUGAGGUAGAGAAGUUAAUUUUUGUCCAGGUUAAUUAAUUAUCCCACUCAGCAAGAGCUUGAUGAAUAUCAGAGCUGGCAGGUGGACAAAGGCCAUGGAAAGGAUUUGAGAAAAUAAAAAAGCUCAUUUUUGCCUCCUAAGGCUGCCUCAUGUAAUUUCACUUUGUUUUACAGAAUUUACUUGACUUUGUUAGGAAAAGCCAAAGGAUGUGGUUAGUUUCUCUGAACUUCUCUUCUUGCUUUCCAAAUAGACUGUGAGAGAUACUUAAGUUAAAAUUAUUUAUUCUGAAAAAUAUUUAUGUAACUUGCAUGCAUAAUCUAAAGAU